ACCACAAAGACGUGGGCGCAGCUGAAUAUGGCCUCCAAUAUGGCUGAUGAGACAUACACUAAUUCCAAAUUCAUUGAGUUCUUGGAUACUGAAAAAUAUCCCAUCAAUCUUGCACUGUUGCUAAAUCUUGUAGUGGCAAAAAAUCCUUCUAUUUGGGAGAAUGUUGGCAUACUUCUUGGUAUUGAUGCAGGUGUUCUUGAUGGAAUUAAAAUGGACGUUAGUCAUGGUGGUAAUCCAAAAAAUCACUUCAGAGAAGUAUUAUCAAUAUGGGAAAGAAACCUUGAGCCGCCAUUUAAUUGGUGUACCAUAUUAAGCAUUUUAUCAGCUCCAAUUAUUGAGUGCAGCACUUUGGCUAAUGAAAUAGCAGCAGUACUAAAUAAAAAGGAUAGCUUAUCAACAGAUGAUGGAACAAGAAAUGAUCAAGUAGCCCUAAGCUCAAGCUCAAGCUCAAGCUCAAGCUCAAGUUCAACAUUAAGAGAGCUCACUGCACUAAAUGCCAUACAAUUAUUGAGAGAUUGUGGUUUUCGAAUGUUCACUAAUUGGAGUAAAGUUUCACGGUCUUUAGGAAUAUCUCUUGAUGAUAGAAAUAGACUAAAGCAUAAAGGGAUGAUGAAUGAUGAUUGGAGUGACGUGAUGGAAAGUGCUCUCACUAUCUGGAUUGACUCUGGACAAGCAACAUGGGACAAAUUAAUAGAAGCAGUUGAAUCAGAAGAGAAGAACACUGCUUUGAAGAUGAAAAGGAUUUUAUAUAAAGAGUGAGAGUUUAGUUGUUUAUAUAAGAAUUAUUUUGUACCACAAGGUUCUGCUCAAAUGGAA